AGUAUGGCGGACAGCGAGAGUGAUUUGGAGACAGACGGGCUGGAAUUAGCCCUGGACACACUGUGUAACAGACACUGCAGCAAUGAGUCGUCUCUGAAAAGCAAGGACUAUUGCUCUGAGUUUUGUGAGCUCGUUGAGGAGUACACAGGGCAAUGUCAAGUUCCUCUCCCGCAGCUGAAGGUGCUGCGGACAGCACUCUGCAGUUUCACCAAAGCCACUGCUGCCUUCCCUGAUGACUGCCAGCACGUCCACUAUGUUCUCAGUAGUCUGGCCUUGAGCUUCUUUGAACUGAUGCUGUUUUUCAGCAAAGAAGAAUUUUUGGAAGACCCUUUAAAAGACAUCCUUGAUUGUUUUCAGGAGUGUCACUCUCAGCUCCUGAGGCAUAGGAAUGGCUACCUUCAGCAUGUGAAGCAGAUCAUCAAAGCAGGAGGCCCAUGGGAGAAUCCAGUGCUGCAAGGAAUCAUGAAGGAGACAGACUUGUCAUCAAAAGCGGACGUAACCAGCUUAAUUGAGCGGUACAGACUGGAGAGGAGUGUUGAGGAGUACUUGAGCUCGGAGUUGCCAGUAUUCUUGGAGCUACGGGUUCGUUAUCUGCAAGCCUGUGAACGGAUGCAGGAAGCUAUGGCCCUGGCUAAAAGCUGCCUGGAAAAUCACGAGGCUGGAAAGCACCUGUACUUUCAUCAGGCCUACCUGACCUGCCUCUACAAGGCCUCACUGCAUGAACAUCUCCACAAAGAGAUGGCAGAGAUAGAUGGCCGUGAUGCAGUGGAGAUAAUCUGCAACACAGAGAGUGUUGAAAAAGAUGAGCUCCUGUUGUCACUGUGUAAAGCUUUCCUUACCCAGCAUCUACACAAUGGAGACAUGUAUUACAUCUGGGACCUGGUGUUCAUCUGGAGUAGGUUGCAUCUUAGGGCCCAUCCCUCCAGACAAGGCUUCUUGGCUGAGUGCUUACAGCUGGCUUCCUCUGCUACCAAUGUCAGAGCCAUCUUCCCCUUCAUCAAGCUGGUCACCACCGAGGUGGGUGGUGAAGGAAUCCAGGUGUGUGUGGAGCUUUGUGCCAGGGCCUUGCAGCUGUGUGACAUGCAGGCUGACUCUGUAACCCGGUCACUGGUCUGCAAGACUAUCGCCUUCCUGCUGCCUCAUGACUUGGAGAUCUGUCGAGCAUGUGCCCUGCUGGUCUUCUGCCAGGAACGCAGCCUGGAGGCUUACCGAACCGUCUGCCUGCUUUACAUGCAUCCUGACCAGGAGCCGCAUCCCCACAACAGCCCUGUCCGGACCAGUGUUCGCUUCCAUAUUCUGCAGAUGCUGAAGGAGCGUCUGUGCUUUGACCCUGAGUUUUGGAACUUCCUGACCCUCAGGACUCAUUGCUUGGAGCUGAUAAGUGACAAGGUCAUGAAGGCUGCUGUUCUAAAUGAGAUGAAGGAAGAGGAGAAGGAAUACAGUGAACAGCCAUUAGCAAAUAAUUGUUUAAAUGACUCAUGCACUCAAGGUUUUGAUUUGUGCCAGUGCACUGAAGCUACAUUUGUGAACCAAGACCUUCCAGAAGAGCAGAUUAUAGAUGGAGAGGCCGGAAAGUGUGUUUCUCCAUCAGAUAAUGCUGUCUUGAAGAGGAGAAAGUGGAGGAGGAGACUGCGAAGGAGAAAACAUUCUGCAUCUGACGAUGAGGCAGACCCUGGUGACGAUCCAGAGAUCAAAUACAAUCUCAAGUACACCUCAAUGGGUAAUAAGCCCAUGUAUUCACUGAGACGCAAUCACGCUAACAUGGAAAGUUCUAUCUCUGCAAAGCUCCCUCUGAACCGCAAGAGAGAGUAUUUGUCUAGAUGUGUGAAGAGCCAAAUUCUGAAAAGGAAAGGUCGGAAGAAAAGAUGGUUACAGGGUCUCCCAAAACCAGAGCAGGUACAGAUAGUUAAAGAGAAGAAGGUCAAAGUUAAAGGGAAAAAACGGGGAAGGAAACCUUUACUCAGAUUCGAACUAUCUUACCCUGAUAAUGAAAUACUCCUUACUGAGGAAGAAUCUGGUUUUGUUGAGAAAACUGACACAGAAGACAAAGAGCAGGAUAUGGCUGGUCUGGAGAAUGAACUUAGGCAAAAGAGUGAACCCAAACAGCUUGAGCCGGAAAAUGGACUCAGGAAACAUACUGACUUGGUCUGCGUUAGCAGUCUCAGUGAGCAAACCCAAGAGGAAUCUGAGACACAGCUUGGUUCCAAGCUUAGGGAAGGUCCUCCUAAUGAGCAUCAAGCUGCUGUUCCUGCUGUCGAAGCGGAUCCUGAGCUCGAUGGACCACCCUUAGAGUUACUGGAUUGUCCAGUAGAACUGUUACACAGUUACUCCCUUAAAUCCAAAAAGCCUGAAAGUGAGAAACUGCAACCUCAAGAAUCCUCAGCAGCAGAUGAGCUUAAUGGUGAUGCAGAACAGGAGUCCCAACCCACAGUGGAAACAGAAGUCUCAAAUACUGAGGUGAAAGCCAAGAGAACAUGGAAGGACAGAGUACUCCGUACACAACAGUAUGCCCACUUGACGUAUCACUGCAACUUCUGCCGCAAAGACUAUAAAGGCUUGAAUGUUAUGAGGCACGCUCUCUCACACCUUAAGAGUAGCAAACUAAGAUGUAUACUUUGUGGAAAAUGCUUUAAACAGCUUCCUUUUGCCAAAAAGCACGUUCUGGACCACAUUGAUGAAAUGUGCAAGCAAAAGCCCCCUGAUAAGGAGCCAUGCACCGAGGACACCCUAGCUGCUAAUGGAAUAGCAGAUAAUGUGGAAAAUCAGAACCAGCCUCAGGAUGAAAAUCAGACUUCCCUUUCUGAUGAGGAAACUCCUGAACAGAAACCUGGAGGCAAAACUAAAGUUUCCAGCCUCAAGAGGGAAGAUCGAAUCAUCAGAAACCUCCGCACCCUCAUCAAAAAGACAUCUGUGCUUCACAAAAAGUGCAAGAACCCAAAUGCAAACAUUUUCAAGCAGGUAGAUUUCAAGGAUGAGCAGGUCGUCAUUAAAGAUGGCCUGGUGAUCGUAAGAGAUCCGUCUGUGAUUGAGAAGGAGGGGGAAGAAGAGGGGAAGGAGAACCCAGGAGGAGAAAAUGGCUACGGUGUGGACAUCACAUAUCACCUGUGCCCUUCAGAGUCCUGUGAUAGAGUGUUCUUGAGGAUCAGCACCACACUAACGAGGCAUGCUAUCAAAUGCCAUAUCAGUGAAGAGAAGGUGCUGGAGAAGACUUUUGUUUGGGCCAAGCACAAGUGUACCCUCUGCCUCAGGCAGAUACAGUUUUUCCAGCAUUACAAAGACCACAUGAAGCUCCACAAUACUCCUCUCCAACACUUCUGUUACCAUCUAGAGUGUAACCAGCGUUUCUUGACACAGCAGGAACUGAAGGACCAUGUCAACACCCACCAGCCCUUCAGGCCCCAGUGUCCUUUCACAGACUGUGAGAAGCUCUUCUCAACCCUUCAGGGCCUCUAUGACCAUGAAUGGAGACACUACAUCCCAGCUCCUCAGAGAGAGGAGCUGGAGUUGGGACCCAGCAGACAGAAAAAGCAAAAUGCUGAAGCUCCGUGGAAGCAGAGGGUGAAGGUGGAGGAGUUAUGGCUGCAGAAUAAAAAGGGGCAGAGGGAGAGUCCCACUCCUGAUCACGUUGAGGCCUCCAAGCUUGAGGAUCUCAGGGAAAUGAGCAAAACUGAAGAGCAGGAUUGCGAAGUAAAUGUUCCAAACAGUGGUGAAGACCUGUCUAAAUCAGAUAAUUAUUCAGUCAGUUAUGAGCCCAUGGACAACAGCAAAGCCACCAUAAAUGGAUUUGAGGAUGAGACAAGAAACGUGUCAGAUGGACCAAACUCCACGUCACAUACUGGUGCUGAUGCAAGCGCUCCAAGUAAGAAGUGUCGAAAAAGGACGCCGAUCGAGUGGGACCCUUUGAAUGUCCGAGACCUCGAGGAUUUGUCUACUCUGGCUGAGGGAGUCCAGCAGAAACUGGGGGAGCCGCACAUCACCGAGCACAAAUCCUUCAAACCCGAAGAUCCCUCCUACGCGACUUUUGUCAAAGCCCCCUUCAUCCGGCCGCCACCCUCCACCUACUUGGAUGAAUCUCUGCUCUCAAUGCGCAAGAGGAGGUCCACUGACGAGACCGCUCUGAGGAAAAAUGUUUACUGGAGCAAUAAGAAAAAGAAGGAGCCCGUCCCAGAGAAGGAGCAGCAGGUUAAUGUCGUGGCCCCUGAACAGAAGAUCAGACAUCGCUGCAACAAAUGUCUGUCCUCCUUCAGCAGCUUAGAAGAAUUACAGAAACACCAAGCCCUUAACACCUGCUCUGCACUCUUUGGCUUUGAUUCGGAUGAUGAAAAUUAGUAGUGCAUGAAGAGGAGCUGAAGCCGGAGUGACCUUUAUACUCACCUGUCACCUGGCUCAGGGCAAGUCUUGAGGAUAAAUGAACACUGGAACCCUUUCUCCAUACUCAGAUACAGCACGUGUUUAAUUCUCAGAUAACAAUUUCUUUAAACAAAGGCAGGAUAUGCGCCAAAAAUAGUUAAUUGGAGGAUUUUAUCAAUUGAUAAAAUUUCUGAAGCAAUACUUAAUACUAAAACUAGCUUAUAACACAUUGUUUUUCUUCCAAACAUCAUCAGUGUGCACUUUGUCCAAUAGGGGAAAAAAAUCAGUUAUAAAUCUAUUAAUUCUUGUAAUCUAGGAUAGGUCAAUAUUUAUUCACCUUUUCAACAAAAUUGGUUACGAAGACAAAUGUUGUUGUUCUCAGCAGAUGUGAAAGAGCAAAGCCUGGGAACUGAGACACCAAAUACAGUACAAAGUACGUACAGCCAUAAAAUAACUUCACACAAAUCCCAGUAUUCCCUUUUUAGACCACAUAAUGUCAGUGUUAUGACAAACACACUGUGGUUUGUGAACCUGAUUUGGAAAAGAUGCUGCUCAUUUUGCAUUUCUAAAACACUGUUACUGAAACAGCUACACACUGUUUCAAACUGAAUCUGAAACUUAUUCCACAGCAAGUACUGACAAAUUUAAUUCAGUCAUUAAUUUUCAUUUUUCCUGAAUAGGUAGAAGGAGGCAGAGCUGGAUGUAUGGAUAAAUAAAACCCUUUGGCCUUCUCUAGCAUCCAUGCAUGCUUAGAGGUCAGUAAUCCAUCACAUUACACAAUUAUGAAAAUAGUUUCCCAGUCUGCCUGGUCUGUUUCUUUGUUGCCAUGACUGCUGUCAGUCACUCAACAAAUGAGCUGCAAACACUUUAUUGGGUAUAGUUUGCACCGUACUCUGAGUCAGACGUCAGGGCUAUACAAAAUCCCCCUCAUGCUUUUGGCAAACUGCAUCCCUCCCUUUAGAACCUGGUGCAGCUACAAAAAAUUAAAUGUCACUUCCUAGAAAUGCCAGUGGAUUUUAAUAGUUCAUUUCUUUUUAUCUUUCAGUUAAACCUGUUGACACUAUAAGGUACAAGUCCAUUUGGGUCAUAUGCUGAAGUCAGGUCAAGUGAGCUGUGGAUCAAUCAGUUUAUUUAAUUUUUAUUUUUGCGACGAUUUCAAAGAAAAAAAAAACGUGUCCAUCAACCUGAUUUCCUGUCCCAUUGUACUCAGAGGGACAUCUUCCACAUCUGGCUCCCUCAGCUGGGGUGUUCGAAAUGAUGCCGGAGACAAGGCAUCAUUAAUGGCUUAUGGUUUAAAAGCACUAUCCUGUUCUAUCCUUUAGAGUGUGGAUUUUACAUGCAGUAAAUCAUUACCAGUGUUUUUCAACUGUAUGAAAUAUAGUGAAAAAUCAUGGUAAUUUAUGGGAAGCUGAGCUCAGUGUGUGUUGCCCUGUAUGUUCAGAAUGUAUAGUCUUCCAAAUGAAUCAUGCACCACUCUAAGCUUUGGUCUAUAUAGAGGAUGUAUAAAAAAAAAAAAAAAAAAAAAGGUUCAUUAGACAUGACAGUGAUAGUGGAUAUGUGGUGGUUGUGUCCUCUCUCCACAUCAGUAAACUAUUCAAAUUUAUUUCAAUUCUGAAUAAAUCCUCCAAACCCGUGUCACAUACACAAACUUUUAAGAGGAGGUUUUCACAGCUCAAACUGUGUGGACUGUUGGUUUUUUUUGUUGUUAGGCAGGUUUGGGUUCUCCCUUUGUUAACUAGUCCUCUGGUCAUGGUAUGACAACAUGAAUCACUUGACUCUUUAAGGCCGUGACCAAAAUGUCUGAAACCAUGUAAACCUGCCUUCAUACUGUCACACUAAUUCUCUGUACAGCGUAUGAAUUAUUCACCAUUUUGUUAGUGCCAAGACUGAAUCAGUGUUAGACUGUAGGUAAAGAUAAACAUUAAAAACAGUAAUAUAGUUCCGGGUUGCUUUGAAUUUUAAAGUUUUUCAUCGUUACUCAGUUGAACUCAACGAUCAUGUAUCUCAUGCUGUAGAAUAUUUUACAUUGGUCCUUUGUUUUGUAUAUACUUUUGAGAUCUGUUUGAUAACUUUUUAACAUAAUGUUUUUAUGGGACUGUGCACUUAAACCUGCUUAUUUAUAUGUACAAAUGUGAAUAGUUUGGAUUUGUAAAGGUAAUGAUUCCUCAUCUAUUUUUCUUAAAGAAAAGGUGAUUAAAUUUGUUUGAAUAAACAAAUGACGAAUCUAAAAAUCUGUUGUCACGGGUGAUAGUUAUAUUUUUGGUUUAUAAUAUUUGUUGUAAAUUACGCGUGCACACAAACAACCAAAGACAGUUUUGCAGUUCUUAUGUUACAUGCAAUGAGAUGAUACAGUAAAAG